GAAAUCUUUGACUGAAUAUGUUGAUCUCUUUAUUUCUCCACCCGCACGCCCUUCAAAUGACCUUGUCUGACCCCCAAAGGCUCGCUUUCGAAAUAGAUGAUGAUAAAAGGGAAAAUGUCUGUCCUUUUCGUUCUUCGACACAGGUCAUCUUCACCAAAGCACCAAACAUUCCCUGAAUAAAAUGUUGAAUCAAGAGUUAACCAACUUGAACCAAGAACCCGAAACAUCCUCUGAACUUCCGGAAGAUGUCGCCCCCACCACUGGGUCCGUCAGUCUGGCAUUCCCCGAAGGUGGGCGCGAUGCAUGGACUUGUCUGCUGGGCUCCGCGUUAAUGAUGUUUCCAUCUUUUGGCUUCCAGACCGCCGUGGGAACCGUGCAAGAUUACAUCAGUGUCCACCAGCUGGCUGACUACAGCGUCCGCGAUGUCGGGUGGAUCACCGCCAUCCUCGUCUUCCUGACUCUCUUCCUCGGGGUUCAAGUCGGACCCCUGUUCGAUCGCUACGGGCCGCGCGUGCUGCUGACCUGCGGCUCGCUGGCCAGCUUCCUCUCCUACCUUCUGCUCGCCGAAUGCUCGCAGUACUGGCAGUUCAUCCUUUGCCUGAGCAUCCUGGGCGGCAUCUCCGCGGCGGUCGUGACCACUGUGGCCAUCAGCGUGCUGAGCCACUGGUUUUUCCGGCGGCGGGCGCUGGCGUCGGGCAUCUGCAUGGCGGGGUCCUCGGCCGGGGGCGCGAUCCUGCCGCUCAUCCUGCGCCGAUGCUUCGGCCAGUACGGGUGGGCCUGGUCGCUGCGCAUCAUCGCCCUGGUCGCCCUGGCCUGCUACGCGCUGGGCAUUUUCCUGGUGAAGGGCCGCCUGCCGGCCAGCACGCAGAGUGGCGCCACGAUCGACCUCACCGUCUUCCGGUCGCCGCGGCUGUGCUUCCUCGCCGUCGCCGUCUUCGCCUUCGAGUUCAUCAUCUUCGGCUGCGCGUCGCUGCUGCCCACCUACGUCCGCUACGCCGGCCUGGCGCUCGACGUCCAGUACUACUCGCUGACGGUGCUGAACAGCAUGAGUCUGCUGGGCCGCGUCCUCCCCGGGCUGGCGGCCGAUCUGUUCGGCCGCUUCAACAUCCUGCUGUCGCUGGUCGUGCUGACCCUCCUCGUCAUGGCCGCCGUCUGGAUCCCCGUCGGCUCCCACGACGAAGCCACGCUAUACACCGUGGUGGCGAUCUUCGGCUUUGGAUCCGGGGGCUGGAUCUCGCUGGCGCCCGUGUGCGCGGGCCAACUCUGCCGGACAGAGGAGUACGGCCGGUUCUACGGCACCAUCUACAGUGUCGCGGCCUUUGGCGCGUUGCUGACGGUGCCCGUGGGUGGAGAGCUGCUGCAGAAGACGACCCCGCAGGUCUUGGUGGGAUUCUACGCCGCGGUUCUGGUCGUCGGCUUGGUGAGUGUCGUUUGUUCGCGGUGGGCGCUAUUGGAGUGGAGGUGGAGAUGGAAGGUGAAGGUCUAGUUAGGU